AUGACAUCAAAAGACGCAUUUGAAUCACUAGACUCUAACGAGAGGGAAUUUGAUCGAGUUCAUCUAAACUUGGAUGUGCUUAUUAGAAGCAAGGUAAAUUUAUCCUCAGACAAGGACCAGUUUAUCAAACUUCUCAAUAAGCUGACUUCGAUAUUUUCCGACACUUCUCUAAAAGCUCAAGCUGCUUAUGAGAACCUGUCAAGGCUUGAGGCACGUGAGAUUAUGCUAGCUAGUGAUCUGGAAACCGCCGUUGCUGAAAAGUCUUUCUUAGACAAAGAAGUUGAAUACCUACUGCUUGAGUUACACAGUAUUCAGUUGAAGUUAUCGUCCACAAACGGCUCGGACACUUUAGCGGAAAAUGUGAAACGUUCAUUGGAGAAACAGCAUGAGGAAAGGAAAAGUCAAUUCAUGAUAUGUGAUCGACUAAGAUCUGCAAUCGCAAUCAUGACUAAGGAAAAUUUGGAACUUAAAGCAUAUAUUACUGCCCUACAGGAUGAAUUAUAUGGCACACGCAUGGCAGCCAAGUACUUGUACAAGGAACUCACAGGUCGAAUUCAGCAGAUUCAACUCCUUUGCCAGAAAAUGGAAGGUCCUCAAUACGAACGGUUGUGGAACACUCUUGAAUCAGAAAUACUUCUUUGUAGACACAAGACAGUCAAUCUUACGUGCCGAGGAAGACUGGAUCCACCUCCAGCCAAGGAGGUGUGCAACCGGGUGCGGCACGUAACCCUGCACCGUUCGUCCACCGACGAGUUGGGUAUUUCCAUUACUGGAGGCCUUGAGUACGGGGUGCCUAUCCUAAUCUCGGAGAUUAUUCCUGAUCGAGUAAUACAACGAAGCGGUGAAUUCUAUGUCGGUGAUGCUAUUCUUGCUGUCAACGGCAACGAUCUGCGUAACAAGAGACAUCAUGAUGCAGCGGAGAUUCUAGCCGCUCAACAGGGGAAGAUGGAAUUCGACCUCCUCUUCCUUCAUGACGAGUUGAUGGAGGACAUGGGUCAAAUUUGUGUCGACGGUAAAGGCAAUAGGUUCCGGCUCUACGAUGAGACGAGAGUACUUCCCAGUCGCUUCCUCUUUCAAGUCACUCAGCAGUUGGAGGAGGCUAAAACGAUCUUCAACCAUCGGACUCCCGACCCGCGUCCAGUUAUGGAGGACGCGGCCGAGUACCGUCGCUACUUACAGGAUCGUGAUGUGGUCUGUCGCAAGAUUGUCGAGUCCACCAAAUCCCUACGAAGACGCAACAUUCAUGACGACUUCAUGAGCAUCUACGAGAGCUACUUUUGGCGACCCAGCGGUUUGGAUAGAGGACAAGGUUGCAAUGGAACACCACUGGGCGUGGAGAAGACAUCGAAUGAGACACCUCUGCCGCAGAUACUUCCUACUCAAAAUGAGCUCAGAUCUUCUGCUCCUGUUCCUGGUGGCGUGAUCGUGAAGAAGGCUGAGCUGACAAAAGCGGCUUUAAAGUUUUUCUUGACCAAAUACCAUGGCUACGACUCAAGCGCAAUCCCAGAGUCCCAUGAAUGGCAUAAGUGCUCACCAUCCGAGAGAUGUCAACUUCUUACUUCGGCCUCACACACUGUUAGUCAAGAUCAGGCAGAGUACUUGAAUGAAGGGAUCCAAAGAAAUGCCUUAACUAAUUACAAGAUUGGAAAAUGCAAGAAGCGAACGGGUAUUCGAAAAAUCUACGACCUGAAAACAGGUGGAGCCACGACCACGUCAGUUAAUGCAAGCCCCACUGAAUGUCGAAUAUGUCCAUAUAUAUAUCCUGCUCGAGUACCAGGCCUUCAAUCGGCCUUAAAGAAGACUCGCAGCGCUUCAGCUACAGCAGAAAGCAGGGUUACCCCUAAUUUUCACAUUUUUGCAGGCACCGAAGAACAGCCCAAAUUUGUGGUUAAUCUUGAUACCCUUGCCGAUGUCCCUGCCACGCAGCCAUCUGGAGACCAGAAUACUGGUUCGCCCAAAACCCCCUCCUCAUCUUCGGCGCCCAUAGCUCCACAGUACACGCCUUUCAUGCAAAUUGGAAAACCAAAAGUCCGACCCCGUGGAUCCUAUAAACCGCUCAAUGAGAUAGUCGAAACAAGAAUUCGAACAUAUGAGGGGUCCGACUCGCACACAAAAAUCUCCACACUCCAAGCUCACUUUCCCCAAUUCAAACGCUGUCACAUUGACCGAUGCUUCACAAAAAACCUCCUGGAUUUCAACAAGACCUAUGCUGAGCUCUUGGAACUGCGUAAUAAACAGGAGGAAGAACGUGCUAGAUUUAAACUCAUUCUCACUCCCAAAUCUGAGAAGCCAAAACCCUCCCGCAUAAUCCCAAAUAUUAAGUCUCCUGAGUUGAUCAACAUGCCUUCAUUCCGUGGUCGGCCUGCUCGAAAGCUGGAGAACAAGUACUAUCGUCGAGUUAUCGUUGGAAAAGACGGCUCAGUGGAGGCUGCCGAGGUGACCGAACGCAAUUUUGUACGGCAGGUUGACCCACAUAACCUGUUGGUAGCUCGACAGAGGCUGGCCACACCGAAGAGUAUAUCCUAUCCCGGUUUGCCUGGUGGUGAAUUCAACCUGAAUGAAUCUGCUGAGGAGACCUCUAAGUCAACGGUGACAGCGACAUCGGAGACGAACAAAGCGGUGGGGGAGGACGCAGCGGCCGUUAAAACCACAGAACCUGAUAAGUCAACUUCUCCGGGGUCUAUAAAAGAGCCGACGAAGGACAAGGAGACACAGGAUAGAGCAGGCAAAAGUCAUUCGAGCAACAAAUUUUUCCGCAGUAAUCGGCUCUCCGAUGCUGAGCUCAAAAAACGCGACUACGUUGCUAAGGAGCUACAGGCCGCCGGACGGGUUACUCGCUCUUCUGUGGUUAAAGCAGAACCCUCGGGUGGUGGUGAGGCCCCUGAGGAUGAGGCCAAUUUCAUGGCCGGUAUUGGCGUCAUCAGCACUCCCGCUCAAAAGCGCCAGGGUAGACGCAGAACGGGCCGUGGAAGUUCAUCAACUCGGCCUCCGGAGGAGGUUAUCGAGGAACCUGAUGUUUCCCAGGAGGAGCCGGAUGAGUUGGACGACUUUGGCUUGAGGAGAGAAGAGCGGAAGGCUCUACUGACUUUUUUCAAUGAGGCUCCACUAGAAGAGCUCAACCUUAUGAACGGAUGCUCACAGAAGACUGCGGAGGUGAUAAUCAAUCUACGGCCUUUCAACACCGUUGUGGAUCUCAAACUACGCCUCGAUGCCACACGCUACCUCUCCACAUCUCUCAUUGAUGCCUGCAAGGAGCUUAUGCAAGCUCGUUCUAUGUUCACCUCUGUGCUAAAGAGCUGUGAGGCUAUCAGUCAACGGGUGCAGUCGAGAAUUGCUAGUCUCCUUGCUGACGAUUCGGUCGAUUUGCCAAAAGAGGGCGGUGAUCUGUCGCGAAACAAGAAAACAGGUUUUCUUCGUGAACAACCUGUCAUUCUGCAUCCUCUACGCCAGCUGAAACCGUAUCAACUGGUCGGUUUAAAUUGGCUUCGUAUCCUUCACGACGAAGGCGUCAAUGGCAUUCUGGCUGACGAAAUGGGGCUGGGUAAAACCGUUCAAGCCAUCGCUCUGCUGGCAUAUCUCUACGAGCAGGGUGAACGUGGGCCCCAUCUCAUCAUGUGUCCCAGUUCAACUGUCGAUAACUGGCAGCGCGAGUUGAGAAACUGGUGCUCUCAGCUCAAGAUCCUCGUCUACCAGGGCACUGCUGAUGUGCGCAAAGCCAUGCGGUUAAAAAUCUACGAGUGCCAGCAAAAUGAUUCUCGUCCUGAUUUCAACGUUCUCCUCACCAGCUAUUCCACAGCUACAAGCACCUUGGAGGAUCGUGCACUGAUGAAGCGUGUAGACUUCAAGUACGGCAUCUUUGACGAGGCGCAUAUGCUGAAGAACAUGACUACGCAGCGUUACAAGACCCUUUCCAGCUUCCAAAUACAACGCCGGGUUUUGCUGACGGGCACGCCGCUGCAAAACAACUUGAUUGAACUAAUCUCCCUCCUCGCUUUUGUCAUGCCCGAUCUAUUUGCUGGUGGCAAUGCUGAUCACUUGAAGCGUAUGUUUCAGCUGAUGAGCAAGUCGACCACGAACCCCAGCGCCGCAAACAUUGGCAGCAGUGAUCAGACAGGAGAUCGGAGAAAUGCUGAUGGAAGGGAGGGCACUGAAGCAGAAGACGGUAAGGGCGCCUCUGCUUCGAUUUUUCUCGGGAAUCGAAGUCAGUUUGAACGCGAGAGGGUGGAGCAGGCGAAGCAGCUGCUCAAACCAUUUUGCCUACGCAGACUCAAAUCUCAGGUACUGCAGCAACUCCCACCUAAGACAGAGGAGACGGUACGCGUGCCGUUCACGGAGAGUCAGAGAAUCGCGUACACAAACCUGAUAAAUAAAUUUAGGAAUGCUCAGGGUGCUAGUGCGGCAGAUAUCGCUUCCGAUGUGGGAGAGGAUGAAGACAUGUCUGCAGUGAAGCGACAGAGUAGCUUUCUUCUCUCCAAAGGUGUUAUCACAAAUGGCGCGGCGAAACGGCCGAAAAUCUCAAUUCUGGAUACCGCAACUGGGGGAUUGGAGCAUUCGAGUGGAGUGGAGCGUCUCUCACCCUUCAACAUGCUAAUGCAGUUAAGAAAGGCGGCAAAUCAUGAAUUACUGCUGCCCGGCAUCGCAUACUCCGAUGACACGCUGAAGGAGCUCUCGGUGAUUCUGCACAAUGACCCGAGUCAUUCGGAUGCAGAUCCGGCAUUGGUGUUGGAGGACCUCUGCAACCUGUCGGAUCACCAGAUCCACAAAGUCUGCCGUCUCUAUGAUGUGCUGAAUCCAUUCGCUCUACCACCAGAGACACUGGUGAAUGGCUCAGGCAAGAUAAAGUGGCUAGACGACAACCUACCAGGCAUGCUAAAGGAGGGCCAUCGAAUCCUCAUAUUCAGUCAGUUUGUAUUGGUUCUUGACAUUCUCGGCGAGUACCUGGUAAACAAGGGACACAAAUUCCUCAGGAUGGACGGCUCAACUGCUGUCAACGAUCGACAGACUCUCAUCGAUACCUUUAACAACGACGAAACCUACGACAUAUUCCUACUCUCCACAAAGGCCGGGGGUCUCGGAAUCAGCUUAACAGGAGCAGACGUGGUCAUUAUCCACGACGUGGACUUCAAUCCCUACAACGAUCGUCAAGCUGCUGACAGAUGCCAUCGGGUAGGCCAGAUGAAGCCUGUGCGCGUGAUUCGCCUCAUUGCAGAGGGCAGUGUGGAGGAGAGCAUCUGGCAAAAUGCGGAAGAGAAACUGCGAUUGGAGGAGGACGUGACAGGAUUUGACAAAACCACUGCUACCGAAUCCAUAGUGAUGAUUAGCACUGUUGACAAGCGCAACGGAAAAGACGAAGGGAAUUACAUCAACGAAGGUGCCACGGACACCGACAAUGACGAGGGAGGAGGCGGGACAAACGACGAUGCAGAGAUGGAGCUCCAGCAGCUGCUGCAGCGUCAACAGGGUGGAGGUGGAGGACGCCUGUUGCUGCAAGGCGAGAUCUUCAAGUUCCUCUCAGAUGCUUUGAGCUAUGGCAGCAGCAGCGUUGGUGGCAGCAGCAACGUUUGUGGCAGUGGCGGUGUCGGCAAUGUCAAGUCGCCCCGAGUUAACCCCUAA